GACGCGAGCUUUCGCCUCACUUGGCGUCACACUCCGCACAGCGGGUCCGCUUGCUCCACGCCUCGUCCCCCUCCUCCUCCCCGCCGCCCCGGCCGCCGGUAGCGGGAUCAUGGCGUCGGCUAUCGGGUCGCGGCGGCUCACGGUGCUGCGGGAGUUCCGCCCGCACGGUCUUGCGGUCGAGGAGGCCGACGGCGAGGGCGGCCCCGGGGCGCGCCCGCCGCAGGACUACGAUUACUUCCUCUUCGACCCCGCCCUCGCUGCCUCCCCAGGCCCAGACCCCGGCGAUGAGUCCUCUGCCUCCAGCGCAGACGGCGACCAUGAGCUCUUCAUACGCGGCAAUCAGAUAAUAUGGAGCAAUGGUUCUCGAGUUCAUAAAAGAUAUGUAUCACCAAAUACAGUCAUUAUGGCUUGCUGGUGUCGGAUGAAUGCAAUCAGUGAUGCCCUUCUAUGUGUCCUGCAGAUUGAUACUUUAUCUCUAUACAAUGUAACUGGUGAAGUUGUUAGUAUUCCACUACCAUAUGCUAUUUCAUCAAUAUGGCCACUCCCCUUUGGUCUUCUACUUCAGAAAUCAACUGAUGGAGGUCGUAUGGUGUCAUCCUCAAGUUCGCUGCUAAAUGCCAGGGAUUUAAAUCGUCCUAACAAAGAAUAUGGAUUAACUUACAAUGUUUCAUGCCAAUCGAACACCAUGGAGACAGACAGCAAAGCUAAUGGAGCCAUUAUCUCGUCGCACCUCAUUUUGAAACAUCCACUAGAAGAGCCUCAGGCAACAUAUUUUGAAGAAAAGGACAAACUAACUAUGAUGAAAGAUUUUGAUGAAAAGGCUAUCUGGACAAGUGAUACGAUACCUCUAAUGGCAUCAUAUCAUAAAGGGAAGUUUCAGCACUCUGUUUGGCAAAUUGAUGGUGCAAAUUACCAGGAAGCAACGGAUGAAAAUACAAUGCUACCUGUCUCAUGCGAUUUUUCUUCACAUAAAUGUGCAUUCCGUAAGAUAUGGCAAGGGAAAUGCUCCCAAUCUGCUGCUAGUAAGGUCUUCUUGGCGACUGAUAUUGAUGGAUUGCCAAUAAUUUGUUUUUUACUGCAUGAACAAAAAAUAUUACUUGCUAUAAGGAUUCAAGUUGAUGAUACUGCUGAAGAAGCUUUUGGUGAUAUUAAGCCUCACAUGAGCUGGAACAUUCCUGCAUUUGCUGCUGUGCCAGUUGUCGUGACUCGUCCAAGAGUACGGGUUGGAGUUCUUCCCUUUACAGACAUUCUCGUCCUGAGUUCAGACAAUGAUCUACUUCUCUAUUCUGGGAAGCAGUGCCUCUGCAGAUAUACUCUCCCUAUUGAAUUGGGAAAAGGUUUCUUUUCAAAUUACGACCUAAAUUCUGAGAUUUCAGAUACUUACUCUGAUCUUAAGAUCACAAGCAUAGCUGAUUCUGUUGAAGGCCGCAUAAAUGUGACAUGCAGUAAUGGUCUGAUGCUCAGAUGUUCGUUGCGCAAAAAUCCUUCCUCUUCUCUGGUUACUGACUGCAUAACUGCAAUGGCAGAGGGCUUGCAGAGUUGCUUUUACAGUCAUUUUGUUUCUCUUUUUUGGGGUGAUAGUGAUGCUACGUACCUAUAUUCAAGCUCCCACGCGGAUUCAGAGUGGGAAUAUUUUAGUUAUGAAAUAAAAAGAGUUUGUACAAAAUAUGGACAAACUUUGCCAACUAAAUCAUCCACAUCGCCAAGUAAAGCUUGGGACUUCCUGAUCAACAGCAAAUACCAUGCUCAAUACUGCAAAAGGGCUCCAACUUCUUCCAAUUCAUUUCUGCCUGUGUCUUAUGAUACACACAAAACAGUCUUUAAUCCCUUUUCCCAGGAUGAGCAUAGCUCAGAUAUGUCAUUUUAUAUUCGCUUUAUGAGAGAAACACUGGACACAUUGCAUGCCCUAUACGAGAACCUGAAGCUUAACAUUUUGCGGAAAGAGGAUAUAGGAUGUCUUGCUUCAUUGUUAUGUGUGGUUGCUUCAUCUCUGGGUGAACACACUUAUGUUGAUUAUUAUUGCCGUGACUUUCCACUCAACUUGAUUGAAUUACCUUCUCUAGCUUCUUCAACUUCUUUAAGAACUCCACCUUCUUUGUUUCGCUGGUUGGAAUACUGUCUACGUGAUGGUUGUGACUCAGCGAAGCUGGAAGACAUUCCUACUUUAAUGCGCAAACAGAAAGUUUCUGCUGUGAGUUGGGGUAGGAAGGUGGUGUCAUUUUAUAGUUUGUUGUUAGGAGCAGAAAGGAAAGGGAAAUAUCUCUCUUCUGGUGUGUAUGGUGAGGUUGCCAGUGGUUCAGCCAGAAACACUGAGGAACUUACUGUUCUGGCUAUGGUUGCUGAAAAGUUUGGUCGUCAGCAGUUGGACUUGUUACCAGUUGGUGUAUCUCUUGUGCUUCGCCAUGCACUGGACAAAUGUCGUGACUCUCCUCCUGAUGACUGGCCUGCAACAGCUUACGUUCUUGUUGGCAGGGAAGAUCUAGCUAUGGCAAAGAUGGGUUCAGUUAGGAAAGAUAACGGGUUGUGUAACAAUGAUAAUUUGACAUCAAUGUCAGUCCCUUAUAUGCUGCAUCUGCAACCUGUAACCAUACCAACGACUGCAUCUGACAUCCCUACAUCAGAAGUUUUGAAUUCUGAAGAUUCGGAUUCUGUCUAUAAAUCUAUUGAGGAUGGCAUGGAACAUAUCUUCACUUCAACUACACAACUAAGAUUUGGUCAUGAUUUGCGCUUGAAUGAGGUUAGACGCCUCUUAUGCUCCGCAAGACCUGUGGCCAUACAAACACCUACUAAUCCUAGCGUGUCAGAUCAAGACCUACAACAGCAACAAUUAUGGAAUUUUGCACAAAGGACUACUGCUUUACCUUUUGGGCGUGGGGCCUUUACUUUAGCUACAACUUACACUCUGUUGACAGAGGUUCUGGUGUUCCCGAAGCUUGUGUUGGCUGGUCGAUUGCCGGCACAGCAGAACGCGACAGUUAACCUUGACGUAAGUAAUAGAAGUGUCUCAGAAUUCAAAUCUUGGGCUGAGUUUCAUAAUGGUGUAGCUGCUGGCCUGAGGCUUGCCCCUUUUCAGGAGAAGAUGUUGAGAACUUGGAUACAAUACAAUAGACCUUCUGAACCAAAUUUUACUCAUGCUGGUCUGCUUCUAGCAUUUGGCUUGCAUGAGCAUCUAAGAGUUUUAACUAUGACUGAUGCUUAUCGAUAUCUCUCACAGGAGCAUGAUAUAACAACACUUGGUUUGUUACUUGGUUUGGCAGCAUCUCAUAGGGGAACAAUGGAUCCUGCAAUAUCUAAGAUGCUCUACUUUCAUGUUCCUUCUCGGCAUCCAUCUUCUACGCCAGAGUUGGAAUUACCAACUCUUCUACAGUCAGCAGCAGUCAUGGGAAUUGGACUUCUAUAUGAAGGCUCAGCACAUGCACUCACCAUGAAGAUACUUCUGGGUGAGAUUGGUCGAAGAAGUGGUGGUGAUAAUGUGCUAGAAAGGGAAGGGUAUGCUGUUGCUGCAGGUUCCGCAUUAGGAUUUGUUGCCUUGGGUCAUGGCAGUGAUGCAUUUGGAUUCAUGGAUACUUUCCUAGAUCGACUUUUCGAGUAUAUUGGCAGUAAAGAAGUCUACCAUGAAAAACACCUAAAUGCAACAACUGCUGAUGAUCAAAGUGUCAGCACUGGCCAGAUGAUGGAUGGAGCACAAAUAAAUGUUGAUGUUACUGCACCUGGAGCAAUAAUUGCUCUAGCUUUGAUAUUUCUGAAGGCUGAGUCUGAAGAGAUUGCGGCUAGACUCAGCAUCCCCAAUACUUACUUCGAUUUGCAGUAUGUGAGACCCGAUUUUGUUAUGCUUCGCAUUAUAGCCAGGAAUUUAAUAUUGUGGAGCAGAAUACAACCUACCAAAGAAUGGAUCGAUUCUCAAAUUCCUGAAACUGUAAAGUCUGGUGUUUCCAACAUUAGUGAAGGGGCUAUCGACAGUGAUGAAUUUGAUGCUGAAGCUCUUUUUCAAGCUUAUGUUAAUAUAGUGACUGGAGCGUGCAUUGCACUUGGACUCAAGUAUGCUGGCAGCAGAAAUGGGGAUGCCCAAGAACUACUCUACGCCUACACUGUCAAUUUUCUAAACGAGAUUAAGCACAUACCUGUUCGAACAGCAAAUAUACUACCAAAAGGAUUACUACAAUAUGUUGACCGUGGAACCCUUGAGCUCUGCUUGCAUCUUAUUGUUCUAUCUUUAUCUCUGGUAAUGGCAGGAUCAGGAAAUUUGCAGACUUUCCGCUUGCUGCGUUAUCUUAGAGGAAGAAUUUCCGCAGAAGGACAAGUGAAUUAUGGAUUGCAGAUGGCUGUAAGCUUGGCUAUAGGAUUCUUGUUCCUUGGAGGCGGGACACACACCUUUUCAACUCAAAAUAGUGGAAUUGCUGCAUUAUUGAUCUCACUUUACCCACGUUUGCCCACUGGACCAAAUGACAAUCGCUGUCAUCUCCAGGCAUUCAGACACCUAUACGUGAUAGCUACGGAGCCUCGAUGGGUUCAGACGGUAGAUGUUGACACAGAACUUCCAGUGUAUUGCCCAUUGGAAGUGACAAUUGCUGAAACAGAGUAUUAUGAUGAGACCAACUAUUGCGAGGUGACACCUUGUCUUCUGCCAGAACGCUCAGUGCUUAAGAGCAUUCGAGUCUGUGGGCCUAGAUAUUGGCCUCAGGUGAUAAAACUUACACCUGAAGACAAACCAUGGUGGAGAUCUGGAGACAAGGCAGAUCCAUUCAAUGGGGGAGUAAUCUACAUAAAGCGAAAAGUUGGAUCAUGCUCCUAUUCUGAUGAUCCAAUUGGCUGCCAGUCUUUGAUUUCACGGGCAAUGCAUGAGGUUUGUGAUACACCAUCUGCUAGUUGCAGUAAUCAACCAAACAGCACUAAUCAUAGCUCCUUCAGAGUUGAUCAACUCGUGAGCACUUUUUCAGCCAAUCCAAGCUUGAUUGCUUUUGCAAAACUGUGUUCUGAGUCAUGGAAGAACAGAUGCAAUGGCAAUUUCCGAGAGUUCUGCUCUCAAGUGCUGUAUGAAUGUAUGAGCAAAGAUAGACCAUCACUGUUACAGGUCUAUAUCAGUUUUUACACAAUAAUUGAAUCAAUGUGGGAGCAUUUGAAGAUUGGAAAUUUUCCUUUCUACGAUUCCCUUUUCCUUUCCAACUUGAAGGUGGCUUUGGCCUACAAUGAAGCUUUAGUGGAUGGUAGAAUCACAAAUGGAGGAAUUAUUCAGUCCACAUUCUUGGAGUCGCUUAUGAAGCGCGUGGGAGACAUCUUUGCGGAAUUGCCUAACCUCAAGGAUAACCUUCACAGUUAUUUGACCACAAGCAGAUGGCCUGGUGAACAAAACGAUGCGGCGAUCCUCUCUUGGUAUCUCCAGUGGUACAGCAUCCCACCUCCCCAUGUUGUGGCUUCUGCUGUUGAGAAGGUUAAGCCCAGAGUCCCUACUGGGGUAUCCAUGCUCCCUCUGCUUCGCCUGCUCCUGCCAACCACGCACCUUGUGGGACUGAUGGAGAUCGAGAAGUUUCAGAGUGCCAUGAAGGCCUAAAAGCCCAGCGUUGCAAGUGCAAUCAAUGCUGGGCCUUGUUGCAAGGGUAGUCAGCAUUGUUAGCGCACUAGGUGAGAAUGGGGGAACUGAUUAACCGACGGCAGGUCUUCGUUACUUUAAUGGGUUAGUGAAGGGCAUCUCUGUACAGUUUCUGUUGAUCCGUAGUGGAUUUAACUUAAUUUAGCCUAUUUUGUCUAUGAUUUAUUCUCGGCAAUACUUUUCGAGGAAAGCUUAUACUUCCCGGUCUAAAUCUAUGUAUAUAUAAAAGAAGUUUGAACUCGAAAUUUGAAGUUUAAAUCUAAAUAAGUCUGUAAUUUUUUAAUUUAGUUCUACUUUAGAUUCAGACAAUACAAAUUAAAUUUGGGAUUGUA